AUGAUGAGAGCGCAACGCAAGAGCCCGAAUCGCGGGGAGCCGCAGGCGGGGGAAGGCAAAGCGUUGGGACCGGCGGGAGGGCCAACUGCGGAUGGGGACGAGGCCCUAGGAGCUGGAGGAGCGGCCGCCGGCGCAGUCUUCGCGUACUUAGACGAGGUCUACAAGGUGCGCGGGGCUCAAACAAGGAGAGUGGGCCCGGUGCAGAACCCGAGAGCGGCCCUGGUCCCGCACGUUGUGGAAGUCGACGAGGCGGGCCGGCGCGCGCUACCCCCAGGCUGGAGGUACAGGGAAGGGGGGAAUCAGGUGGUACACGCGGGCGCCCUCAGUUUUGAUGGACGGCACUGGCGCGGCAAAGAAGAGUGGGAGAUCCAGGACAGGGCGGACGCGCACAUGGCGCUGGAGUUGCAGCGGGAGUGGCCACAAUGGGUGCGCUUUGACGGGGCAGUUGCAGAGACAGCGACCCCUACCGCCGCCGGACCAGAACGAAACUCUGCU